AUGCCAAACGGCGCUCCCUCCAUCAACGGCACUUCCCACACACCCUCCCACCCCGCCUUCGACUCAAUACCAGACACGAUUGAAGCCUUCGCCCGCGGCGAAUUCGUCAUAGUCCUCGACUCCCCCUCCCGCGAAAAUGAAGGCGACCUCAUAAUCGCCGCCGAAGACCUCACCCCCUCCAAAGCAGCUUUCAUGAUCCGGUACACCUCCGGCUACAUCUGCGCCCCGAUCCCCGUCUCGCGCGCCGCAGAGCUGCAGCUGCCGCAGAUGGUGACGCACAACACGGAUCCGAACCGCACGGCCUAUGCCAUUACCGUAGACGCGGACACACCGGAAAUCAGCACGGGCAUCAGCGCGCACGAUAGGAGCGUUACGUGUAGGUUGCUUGCAAGUCCGAAGGCGCAGCCGAGGAGUUUCAGGAGACCGGGACAUAUCCUGCCGCUGCAGGCACGGGAGGGCGGGAUUAGGGCGAGACAUGGGCAUACGGAGGCCGCGGUGGAGUUGUGCAGGCUUGCGGGGAAGCAGCUCGCGGGCGUGAUAUGUGAACUUGUUAAUGAUGGAGAGGAGGUGCCGGGGAAGACGGAGCUGGAGGGUGGGGGGAUGAUGAGGAGGGAUGAUUGCUUGGCGUUUGGGAAGAGGUGGGGGCUUAGGGUGUGCACAAUUGAAGACCUGGUGGAGUAUGUGGAGGCGAAGGAGGGGAAGUUGGGGGUGGAAGGCUCGGAUUAUUAA